AGAGCUCGGUGUCUGAAGGAUUGAGUGGCUCUGCUUCUACCGUCGCUCGAAAGCAAACAUGUUUGGCGGUCACCUCAUUUUAGUAAGCCUUUUGUCGGCUUCUCUCUGCCUCUGUCUGGCCUCUGCUGACACCUGUCCUGCCGGAGCGAUGCCUGGUCUGCCCGGUAUUCCUGGAUUUCCCGGACGCGAUGGAAGGCAAGGAAUGAAGGGAGAGAAAGGAGAUCUUGGAAUUCCUAUCAAGCCCGGUGACACCGUUAAAAAAGGAGAAAGGGGGGCAUUUGGUCUGAAAGGACCACCUGGAAAGAGAGGUCCCCAUGGAGAUCCUGGCAUAAUGGGACCACCAGGCCCUCCAGGGGAGCCCGGCGAAGCAGGCCUUGUAGAUGUAUCCGGAUCUCAACUGCAGUCUGCAUUCAGUGUGUUCCGUCACACAAGAAUUCCUCCUGAUGCCAAUAAGGUGAUACGCUUCAGCAAGGUUAUCACCAAUCCUCAAGGCCAUUUCAGUACCGAUGAGAGCAAAUUUGUUUGCAAAAUUCCUGGCACUUAUUAUUUUGUGUUUCAUGCAUCGUCUCAUGAUAAAAAGCUGUGUGUUAUCCUAGUGCAUGAUGAUAAGAAUCUAGUGAGUUUCUGUGAUCACACACAGAGGGGCAGCCAGCAGGUGAGCUCUGGUGGACUGUCUCUCUAUUUGAAGGAGAAUGAGAAAGUCUGGCUGAUGACAAAUGCCCUUAAUGGCAUGUAUGCAACAGCAGACAGGGCAGACAGUGUUUUCUCAGGUUUCCUGAUUCAUGCACACUGAUUGUUGCACUGUUUUGAACUAUAUACUUCAAUACUGAGUGAUAAGACAGGAUUAUUAAACUGUUGUGUUUUGAAAAGCUACUAACCAAAUCAAAUAAAAUAUUGCUUGAAUAAAA